GAAGCUUGUUGCCAGGGAAGCUGGGAAACUACAUUUUAAAUCAAAAUCAGAAAAUGGAUUCAAACAAGUACACUGGGAGUCCAUUUUAGGAGACCAUACAAGUUAUUUGAUAAAAAAUGGAGAAAUAUCACAACAUACCCCACAUCAACACGGAUGAUGGUUUAUCCUAUUCAGAUCCGCAUGGUGCUUUGGACGAAACUGACUUUCACGAAUACCGAAAUGAAAGUGAACCUGGAACGCCCAAAAAGAGAGGGUCGUUUUCGUUUAAAGAGCAAGAGCUUGAGAUCAAAAAAGAAGAUGAAAUCGAGCUGAGAAAGACAAAUGACACAGAUGGAAUUUUAAAUGACCUGAACAAAAGUUCGAAUGAAAAACGAAAUCUUGAAGUAGUUCCGGAAUUACCCGAACGUAGCCCGAGUGGUUUUAUGUAUACAUACAACACACACGAUAGAACGUAUACAAGAGAGUCCUCGGAUCAAGGUGUUGGCUGUUACUGUAAAAAAUCAAAAGUUGAGCCCUUGGAGAGUAUAAUGAUGAUGAAUGAAUUGUUUGAAGAUGUAUGGCCAGAUAGAGAUAUAUCAACCAACGAAGUGAGCGAAUACACGAGCCGCAUUGAACUUGCUUUUAAAAUUGAUGUGGCUGUCUACACAAAGGAAGUGCUGACUGUAAGCAGACUUGCAUAUCCAAACAGACUAGAGGCCCUUUACAAAUUCAUCUCAAACAUAGACACGAAUCUCUGUCUUGCAAACCAGCAAUACUUGGGCCCAUUAAGUGAAACAGCCCUGCACGUCGCCUUAUUGUUUAAUAAUUCAAUAUGCGCAAAGUUUCUAAUUGAAAAUGGUACAAAGGCAUUACUUAUGCACGAGUAUGGCUGUUCAGAAUAUCGAGGCACUACUGCAUUACACCUGGCCGUAGUCAACGGAAAUAUUGACAUAAUUGACAGCAUGAUGAAAAGACUUGAGCCUAAUGAACGGCUUGAACUACUGCAUAAAAGAGCAACGGGGGAUUUCUUUCGUGAGAAAUUUGCCGCUAGUGAGUUACCACUUUCGUUGUCAGUUUGGACGGGUAGAUUGGACAUAUUCCGAAAGUUGAGGAGUUAUGGUGCUGAAGUUGACGAGUGUGAGGAAUUUACAGGAAAUAAUAUUAUUCACAGCAUUGUCAACUUUUCCAAAUACGAUCCUGUUUUAGCAUGUAACAUGUGUACUGAAGUACUUGAAUGUGAAUUACACCCAUCAUGGUGGCAGCGUGAGGAUAAAACAAAAACCGACACAGUGAAUAAACAUUCAAAAUCAGCCAAAUCACACACAAUUGAGAUCAAACAAAAACUACUUGGGCAAAAGAAUAAGGCCGGACUUACUCCACUUGCGUUAGCGGCAAAAUCAGUAUCUCCAGGAAUAUUCGACACCAUCAUAAACACAGAGGAUGUCUAUAGGUUUAGUCAGUGGAAGUAUGGGCCUGCUAGUUAUAACUACUAUGAUGUCACAGAAAUUGAUCCGUCUGUAUGUAGCCCUGGGUCUCAAUCCGUGUUAGAACUACUGGUCUAUUCCCCGGGCAUUACCACUGGAAUCGAAAUAUUAUCAAUGAAACCAAUUGAACAGCUGCUUGAGUUAAAGUGGAAACAGAUGCGUAUACAUUUUUUGUGUUUCUCACUGCUCCAUGCUAUCACGAUGUGUCUUUUAUUUUGUUAUACAGCAUUCCGGCCAUUGAGUAAUGCAAACGUGACUACGACAGACGCUUUGAAUGUAGCACAGACAUACCUGGUUAGAGUAAAAGAGCCGAUAGUGGAAACGUUUGACACACCCUCAGAGGCUCUUCUGUGGGUUUCUCAAAUAUGGGUAUUUCUAGUUGCAAUGGUUUACCUUGCUUUAGACUUAGUCGAUUUAAUGCGAACGCCAUGGUUUGUUAUAAGACCAAUGGUCCUAAUGAUAGUUCUUGAACUGAUGUUCUCUCUCUCCGCAAUAAUCUGGUUUGCAUUCAAACUUGCGAACGUCAAGGAAGAAGACCUCGCUCUGUCUAUUGCGAGUCUAUCGGGUUGGACGGUGAUGUUGUUCUUUUCAAGGGGAAUGCAGAUGUUUGGAUUCUUUUCGGUUAUGUUUCAGAAAAUGUUCUUUGAUGACUUGCCUCGUUUUGCAAUCACUUUCGGGUUUGUGAUGAUCAGUUUUACCGCAGCCUUCUUCGUUAUUUUUCAAGAAACAAGGGUGGACACACUUCCCCCAGAGUUAAAAACUAUCCCAAUCACCUUCCUGACAUUGUUUCGUUUAUUGACUGGGUUAGCGGAUUUCGAAUUUAUCGCUGAAUCACAUUAUCCGCCAUAUUGUACGAUUCUCUAUUUGCUUUUCAUUCUCGUAGUCAACAUAGUCCUUGUAAAUAUGUUAAUUGCGUUGUUUAGCGACACCUAUACUCGGAUCGCGGAGAACUCCAAUGUUUUGUGGAGGAAGCUACGCGGGGCGAUUGUUUUAAUGAUGGAGAGGCGCAUUAGAUGGGCAUACAAAUGCCACUCUGGUCUAGUAAAAGCAUUUGUUAAUGAAAACGACAAAAUAAAGCUGAAAUGGUUUCUUCCAGUCGAGGAUAUAAACUUUGAAAAAUUCCUAAAAAAUCGUGAUGGUAAAUCUGUUGGUGCCCCGGCUCAGAAUAAGAAUCAAUAACGGUUUUCUCAAAGAUAGCAGAAUGCUCAAUACCAGUAGCCAGCUUUCGUCAAAAUAGAUCAAAUGAUUUUUUCAUGAUCAAGACGGUCAAAUUUGCAUUUUUGCCGAAGUUUGA